AUGGAGGACAGAUUUGACGACUGGAGAAGCACAGCCUCAGCGUCCAACAAGAGUGUCGGCUACUCCAUUCUGAUCCUCAGCGUCAUCACCAUCAUCAUCUGCAUUGUUGGUUGCCUUGGCAACAUCCUGUCCUUAGUGAUCUUCAGCCACCGAGACAUGCGAUCGACUGGUACUCAACUGUUGCGCUACCUGGCGGCAAUGGACACGGGUCUACUUCUACUGUCGUUCAGCUACAUCGUGCACAACCUGCACAACUACUUCUCGUUCUCGAACAUGUUCCUGUUGGUUUUCAUGGCCGUCACGCCCGUGACGUACCCGCUGUCGCGUUCUCUCCGCACGUGCACCGUCUACCUAACGUCAGCCGUCGCCAGUCACCGCGCGUUGGCCGUCAUGCGUCCCCUACUGUGUUCGAAAGUGACGCCGAAACACAUCAAGGCCGCCUCCAUCUUCAUAGUGGUUUGGUCUGUGGCAUUCAACAUCCCGCACUGGUUCGCGCUUCCACCGCAGUUGUACUGGGAGCCAUUGAUCAACCGUACAUGGUUAAGGUACACCACCACGAACUACACCGGAAGUAACCUGUACCUGCUGGUGUACGAGGGGUACAUACAAAUUCUGCUGGUCUACGUCAUACCCACCGUCUUCAUGAUCACGUCGGCCGUUGCCAUGGUGCGGUCGUUUGUCAGGAGGAAGGUUUUCAGACAGUCCAGACGAUCGCUGGAAAGCAGCCAAAACAGCGAGCAAACGGCGGUGUUUCUGAGGCAGACGUCACAGCUUCACCAGCAGACGACGCGCUUGACCACCAUAGUUCUGUCGGUGACGGUGAUGUCGAUCAUUUCUCAGGGUCUCGCCUCGAUCGAGCUCAUUCUCUUCGCCACCGUCUGGGGCAAGGGAAGCAACUGCGGCGACUGCUGUAAACUGUUGUCGUCCUUCAACGUCCUCCUCAUCAGUCUCAACUCUGGAAUCAACUUCGCCUUCUACGGCCUCUGGGGUGCUAAGUAUAGAUAUACUUGUAAAAACAUGUGCUCCUGUAUGAAAGCCUCUGUGUAA